AUGGCAAAGCCUGUCAGUCUGAAGCGCAGGUUCCAGGACGAAGAUGGAAGUCACAUCGAACUGAGCGGUCAGGAGCUGGCACACUCGGGAUCCGAAGGAGAUGCCCAAAAGAAGACAGAUGAACUGGCGAAGGCUAUCGCUGAAGAGCACAUGCACGAGGUACCUGACAUUGACAAACCUUUUGUUGGCGCACAGCCAAAGCUGCUGAAGAUGCCAAGAAUAGCUGAUGACGAUGAGAGUUUUCGGGCAACGCGAGUUGCCUGCCAAGCGAUUUCCUCCUCCAUCGCCAGCGCGGAGGGUGUCGUGCUCGUGUUCGCUCAGGAUGCUUCGAGCUCCAGCGAUUGCAAGAGCCUGCUGGAGUUCUGUUCGGAUUCUAAGGAGGCCAUUGAGAAGGCUACGGUGCACGUCGCGCCCGCGGCAGACUGGCAACACGUGUUGCCAGCUGCGCAGAGUAAGUUCGAGCCUAUCCCCCUAGCUGCGGACGGCAAAAGGCUGCUCAUCUAUGUAGGCACGCCGGGAAAGUACGCGACAAUGUGCCUUCGGUCAGAUCAUGGUCAGUUCGAUGCCGCCUAUCAGGCAGAUCGGCUCGUUGUCCUCUGCAAGGGAGUGUGCAUGCUUCCGAUCGGCACCCAAGAGCAGAACAUCAUAGGCAUCAACGAGAAAGAGGUCCUCAAAUCAAUCUGCCAUCAAUUGAAGGAGAAAGGACCCGUUGCUUGGGGUCUUGGACCCGGAACCAAGACCAUGUUCCUGCAAAAGGCCUUUGGGUAUCCACAGGCUUUGUCGAUGCCUUCGCCCAUGACUUUUGCAAAAGAGAGGACUGGAGGUUUCAAGUGCUUGGCAGACUAUGUCAAGUUCAUCAACUGCGUUAAGAUGGCAAAGCCAGAGAUGACAGUGAAAAACUUCUACGACACAGGCCUGACAGUAUCCGUCCUCAUGGCCACAGUUGUCUCGGAGGGCACAUCUCUUCUGACCGAUGGCGACGGUUUGGCUAUGCUGCGUGAUGCCAGUAUUGGUCACAUCAUGUCUAAGCUGAACCAGGUGAUUACGGUGGAGCAGCUCGCUAAGAAGAAGAGUGUCUAUAACUUUUUCAUCGGAGAUGGAGCUUGCCGACUGAAUGGGGGGACCGAGCUGACAUUGCACCUGAUGGAAGGCAAGUCCGCAGAUUCUUUUACCACCGUCUUCUUGUUCAACAACAAGGCCUGGGCCAUUGAGGACAACUUGGUAGCCACAAAAGAGCAAGAACACGUGCUCUACAACACGCAGUUCUAUGAUGUUGUUGCAGAGCAUCAGCGCAUUUGCAUCUGCGAGACUGAGCAGGACUUGCGCGAGAUCCUCGUGCACCUUAGCGAGAAGACUGUGAAGUAUCUAGCUGGACAAGCCAAGCCGGGCAUGCAUAUGGUUGUGGUACGCGGCCUGAAAAUGAACUUGCCCCCGGUCAUCGGCGACAUUGAGCCCAUCAAAGCAUCAAAGGAGAUGCAGUUCAUGCGAGAAGUUCUUGGGGUGUUUGCAAAGGGUUGCGAGAACCGCGUUCCCCUCUACGGAUGCUCCGCGUUUGAGUACAUCCAGUAUCUGCACAUCUUCCUGGAACAAAUGCCGGAAGGCAAGCAUUACCAGUACAUCUGUGGCCGGACGGACAUCCAGGCGGCGCACAUGAUGGGCUUCCAGCAGCCUGAAGGCAAGUGCGUGCUAUUCAUCAACGACGUCUAUGGCGUGAACUCCCUCGGAGAAAGCUUGCGCUUUGUGCUGAGUGGCUUUGGUGGUCGGCAAGUGCUUGUGAUGGUGUGGCAUCCGUCAGUUCUAAAGGUGAUUGACAACUUCCACUUGCAUCGGCCGCCCAUGGUUUGGCCAUCCCUGGGCCCUCAGUUAGCGCGGUAUUACGUCCGGAAGGAGUCCGACGCUUUUUUCGCUGACUUUGAGGGGGAGUCUCGAUCCACGGAGCGAGUGAAGAAGGCCAUUGAAGCCGGCACGCCCCUGGUUAUGGUAAACGUCAUGCCGCAGCAGGAGUGCAACUAUGUACAGCUCGACGCCCGCAUCAAGGUCAAGGACUGA